AUGAACGACCCGAGGGACUCUGCGACGCUGCUCCCGCCCUCGAAGCUGGGGGAGUACACCGUGAUACAGGACAUCGCAGAGGGCACGUUUGGCAAAGUCAAAAUGGCCAUGCACACAGUGACCGGACACAAAGUUGCAAUGAAGUUCAUAUCGAAGGCUGUUAUCCACCAAUCCAAGACCAAAGUCAGAGUCCAGCGCGAGGUGGAGUACAUGCGCAAGCUGCGACAUCCGCACAUCGUAAAGCUCUACGAAGUCAUCUCAACGCCGACAGACAUCAUAAUUGUGCUCGAAUUCGCUGGAGGAGAGCUAUUCAAUUACAUCGUCACCCAUGGCCGCAUGCCGGAACAGCGUGCCCGUCGCUUCUUCCAGCAAAUCGUCUCGGGAGUGGAAUACUCCCAUCGCCUGAACAUCGUCCACCGCGACCUCAAACCGGAAAACGUCCUCUUGGACGACGAUCUCAACGUCAAGAUUGCGGACUUUGGCUUAUCCAAUGAAAUCAGCGACGGGAGCUUUCUCAAGACGAGCUGUGGCAGCCCGAACUACGCAGCGCCCGAAGUCAUCAGUGGGAGACUGUAUACUGGCCCCGAAAUCGACGUCUGGAGCUGCGGGGUCAUUUUAUAUGUCAUGCUCUGUGGGAGGCUGCCCUUCGAAGACGAUGAUGUGCAGGUGCUGUUUACGAAAAUCUCUCAGGGUACCUACCAUAUGCCGUCCUACCUCUCUUCCGAUGCCAAAAACCUCAUUUCCGCGAUGCUGGCUGUCGACCCAUUAAAGCGGAUCACCAUCCCCGAUAUCACUGAACAUCCUUUCUUCACCACCGAGCUCCCACGCUACUUGACCCCUCUGCCGCCGCCUCCGGGACCUCUUCUCGGCACACUCAGUUCGCUGGUAUCUCCUCCCAAAGUCCUCGACUUCGAGUUCAUCGAAGGCCUCGGCAGAAUCGAGGAGGAUGUAGUGGCAGAGCUGGCUAACCGCAUGUCGGGUGUGGACAAAGACGACAUAUGGGAAUGCCUACGGCGAGACGAUGGUCCUCAGGGAAAUGCCGUAAAGGUCGCAUAUCUGUUACUUCGAGAUAAGCGAAGGCUGGGGCGAGAUUUGGCCGAGUUCGAAGAACAAGAACGAGAUGCACAGCUGGCUGCCAUGGACCCUCGUAACGCCCUUUCCCCAGCCGCUUUGUCUGCUGGAGGCGGAGAUCUAGAAGAAAACCCAUUUGAAGCGGAAUUUAAUGGAGAAUACGAAGACGAUCCCGACGACGACGACGACCCGUUCCCUGUCCCGCCCCUCGAAAACGCCGAAAUCAACAACUUCUCCGUCCUCAACUCGUCCCUCCCCGAACAGCUCCCCGAGCAGCACCACCUCACGUCGUACAUGUCCGCGAAGCGCUCGUGGGCGGGGAGCAAGGAGAAGAAGCAGCACCGGACGAAGUGGCAUUUUGGGAUCCGCAGCCGAAGUCCGCCUAUGGAGGUGAUGCUGGAGAUCUACCGGACGCUGAAGACGCUGGGGAUGGAGUGGAAGGAGAAGAAGACGCUGGGUGGGCUCGGCGGUAUUCGGCCGCGGCGGGGGCCCGGGGGGAUUGAACGUGUUCGCGAGCUCGACGGCCCCGGGCCUGUAGACCUGAAAGCUGCAAGUGGCGUCUACUUCGUCGAGACACGAGCGCGGGUGCAGGACGUCGUGGUCCUCAUGAACCUGCAGCUCUACAUGGUGGACUCGAUCAACUACCUCGUCGACUUCCACCACAAAAAGUCGUACCGCGCGUCGACGGAGGCGGGCGCGGGGAAGUUCGACAUGGCGGUGUUCGACCCGCUUCUGAGCGAGACGAGCAGCGACUCAGGACGGUCGAUCAAUAAGGACUUCGUUUAUGGACGGGAGGAGGACGUCGUGUCGCCGUUUGUGUUCAUGGAUGUCGCGUGCCGACUGAUCUUGGAGUUGGCAGGCGGAGGAGAAUGA